UGCUGCCGCUAGGGGUAGCGGCGGCGGCUGCGGCUCGGGAGCGCGGCUGCUUUGAGGGCUCGGGAACCUUACAGAGUGGGGACGUGGGGAGGCUAGAGGGUGAGAAAGCUGGCGGGAGAGUAGGGCGGCGCUGGAGAAGGGCGGUGCGUGGCUGACUCAUCCUCUGGAAGAUCAGACUGACAGAGACACACACUAGCCCGCCCCGCCCGCCCGCGCCGCUCCACCUCAGCCGGGAGGCCCCCGCCCGCACCGACCGCCCGCCCUCUCCGGGCGCUGUCCGGGCCCGGCCGUCUCAGAGAAAGUUUUUUCCAUUCGAGGGGCGGGAGCCGCCGCGGGCCUUUUGGAAAGGAAGGGGGACGGAACAGGAGGCGAGAGCCGCGCGGGCCCGCGGAGUGCAUGGUGCCCGGCGCCUCGGCUGCCUGGCAGGAGGACCUCGGGGCGGGGUCGAGCUGAGCCCAGCUCCUUCUCGCCUCAGCCGCGCCAGAAACCGCCUUCCCGGACGGCCGCGGGGGUCCCCGCUCCUCAGCUCGCCAUGUCCCGGCUGCUGCCGCUGCUGAGGAGCCGGACCGCGCGCAGCCUGAGGUCGGGCCGGGCCGCCGCCGCCGCGCCCCGCCCGCCGUCCUGGUGCUGCUGCGGGCGGGGGCUGCUGGCGCUCGCGCCCCCCGGCGGCUUGCCGGGCGGCCCCAGGCUGCUGGGCACGCACCCCAAGAAGGAGCCCAUGGAGGCGCUGAACACGGCGCAGGGCGCGCGCGACUUCAUCUACAGCCUGCACUCCACGGAGAGGAGCUGCCUGCUCAAAGAGCUGCACCGCUUCGAGUCUAUUGCCAUUGCCCAAGAAAAAUUGGAAGCUCCACCACCCACCCCAGGACAGCUGAGAUAUGUAUUCAUCCACAAUGCGAUACCUUUCAUAGGGUUUGGCUUUUUGGAUAAUGCAAUUAUGAUUGUUGCUGGAACCCAUAUUGAAAUGUCUAUUGGAAUUAUUUUGGGAAUUUCAACUAUGGCAGCUGCUGCUUUGGGAAAUCUUGUGUCAGAUCUAGCUGGACUUGGACUUGCAGGCUACGUUGAAGCAUUGGCUUCCAGGUUAGGCCUGUCAAUUCCUGAUCUCACACCAAAGCAAGUUGACAUGUGGCAAACACGUCUUAGUACACAUUUGGGCAAAGCUGUUGGGGUGACUAUUGGCUGCAUUCUAGGAAUGUUUCCUUUAAUUUUCUUUGGAGGAGGUGAAGAAGAUGAAAAACUGGAAACGAAAAUGGUCCUUAUGCUGGAUUCAUUUAUCUUGAAGGAUGAGCAACUACAGCUGCAGACCAGUACACGUCAAGCAAUUUAACUUUUUCUUGUAAUGUCAUGACUUUGCUCCUUGGGAGCACUUCCAGCGUCACUAGUGGGACUUCAUAUGGGUCCCUUGGUAUUAUUGCAAGGUUUAUGGUUGUACUAAACAUGAUGAAAAAUAACUGAGAACCAUGAGAGAUCACUUUUUACUACGAUACACGAUUUACUGGAGAGAUGAACUGCCCAUGUGGAGAUGAUAAACAUCACAUGGCAUUUUAAGUGAAUACAGCACUUGAGCUCACAGCAAUAGCAACAGGAGGUAGCUCUGAAAUUAUGGUAGUAGUCCAGUAUGUACUAUAGUUAAUCUUAUCCAGUUGUAAUUUAGUACUGCAUCUUUAUGUUUGUCUCAACUGCAAACGGCUCCGAUGUAUAGUCUGUGUAUGCGUUAAGUUUUGAUAAAUUUUAACUUUUUUUUUUUUUUUGAGAUGGAGUCUUGCUCUGUUGUCCAGGCUGGAGUGCAGUGGCACGAUGCCGGCUCACUGCAACCUCUGUCUUGCGGGUUCAAGUGAUUCUCCUGCCUCAGCCUCCCAAGUAGUUGGGAUUACAGGCAUGCAUCCCCAUGCCCAGCUAAUUUUUGUAUUUUUAGGAGAAACAGGGUUUCACCAUGUUGGCCAGGCUGCUCUUGAACUCCUGACCUCAGGUGAUCCGCCCGCCUCGGCCUCCUGAAGUGUUGGGAUUACCGGUGUGAGCCACUGCGCCCGGCCAAUUUUAACUUUUUAUAAUAGAUUUGUAUAUAUUUAUGGUAGUAAAUGAUAAAAUAGUCUAGUGUCUACAUAUAUUAUAUGAAUUCAUGACACACCUUUUUCUUAGUUUUUCAGUAUUUCUAAGCUACAUGGUGCAUCUGCAAGUUUUUUAAAUUGUUGCAAAUUUCCAAAAAAUUUUUCAAUAUAUUUAUCAAAAUAUGCAUAUAAGCGGUCCUAUGCAGUUCAAACCCGUGUUUGAGAAUCAACUCUAUGACUUCCAGUGUCAUUCUGCACCAUUUCUGCAGUUUAUCACAUUUUGCUUCAGGCAGAUUUGGUAAAUCUUCAAUGAUAGUUCUCUAGGCCAUUGUUUUGUAACAUGAUCAAAUGCUUAAUGGGAAAUAGAAUAUGUGUAUGUAUUCUUUGUCUACCAACUACCAAAGAAACAAAUACUCCUCAGUUUGACUUGACUUAGUAAAUAAACUUGUGUUGGGUUAGUGGAGCUAAUGGUUAUUUUACUUUCUGCUGAAUCUGUUCUCUAACCUUUUGCCCUGAGGAUUAAUAUUAAGUAUAUUGAUGUACAAUUUUUAGAAUGUGCCUGCCCCCUCUCUUCUUAACGUGACAUUGCUUACCUAACUCUGGGCUUAAUACUUUUACUAUUCUCAUAUUUUAUAAACAGAACAGUUUUGUGGUUAUACUUCAAAUUCUUUCGAUAUCAUAAAUCAAUUAUUUUAAACGUUUUGGCCUUAAGAUCUUAACAUUUAAGAACUUAACACUCAAGAACUUAAUGCUCUGGAAAAAUAUUGAUGUCCCCAAAGGGUGUUUUCUUUUUCUUGCUUUUAAAAAAGUUUGUAUAAAUUUAAGGGGUUUAAGUGCAGUUUUGUUACAUGAGUAUAUUGCAUAGUGGUGACGCCUGGGCUUUUAAUGUAACCAUUACCUGAUUAGUCUACAUUGUACUCAUUAAGUAAUUUCUCAUCCCUUAUAUGCCUGCCUCCCACCAUCCCACCCUUCCAAGUCUCCAGUGUCCAUCAUUCCACACUCUAUGUCCUUCUGUACACCUUAUUUAGCUCCUACUUACAAGUGAGGACAUACGGUAUUUGACUUUCUGUUUCUGAGAUGUUUCACUUAAGAUAAUGACCUCCAGCUCCAUCCACAUUGCUGCAAAAGGCAUGAUUUUAUUAUCUUUUAUGGCUGAAUACUGUCUCAUAUAUAUAUAUAAAACAUAUAUAUAUAUAUAAAUGAUGACACACACGUGCACGCGCACACACACACACACACACACUACAUUUUCUUUAUCCAGCUUCAGUUGAUGGUCACUUAAGUCAAUUCCCUAUCUUUGCCAUUGUGAAUAGUGCUCCAAUAGACAUAAAAGUGUAGGUCUCUUUUUGAUAUAAUGAUUUCUUUUCCUUUGGGUAUAUACCCAUUGGUGGGAUUGCUGGAUCAGACGGUAGUUCUGCUUUUUUUUCCUCAAGUAACUUUUGUUUGUGAAGGUUUAUAUUGACUAUAUCAGAAAUGAAAACUGACAAAUUUAAAAAAAUAUUUACCAAUCUAUUUUAAAAUA